AUGGGAAUAUGCCUGGGAGCGAGGCCCAAGUGCACAUGUACUUUUAGCAUCGCCCAAGGCGCAGAAUCGAUAUCACCGUCACCAGCAUCGCCGGGCUCGUCUUACGACACCAUAAUCGUCCACUGCAGCAGCGCUGAUGCUGAUGACACAGAAUACUCUUCGUCCACGCCUUCCGAUCCAGCGCUAGCAACGUCGUCGUCCACGCCCCUGAUGCCUUCCAGCCAGUGCUCGUCCUGGGACGCCCACACUCUCAGGCAGUUUCAGCAAGAGGAGGAAGACGAGGAAGAGAAGGAGAAGGAACGACAAGGAGGAGGAGAUAAGGAAGGGAGUGGAAUUGGACCUUUGAAUUGCAGUGGGAGGAGUGAUGGAUAUUACGAUCAAGAUGCUGGGCUUGGGAUAGGGAUCGACAGAGGCAGUCUGAAUUGCCUCCCGGAUGAGAUCAUGGUGAAAAUCCUGGCAGCUCUGCCGGUGCUGAACCUGGUACGCAACCGCGUGGUGUGCAAGCGCUGGAACGAGGUUCUGUCGUCGGCGAGCUUGCAAGACAUGUCGCUGCCGCAGCCUCGGGACAGUUGGACCCUGUUCUACGACAAUAACCACGGCGAGGCGGCCAUGUACAAUGUGGGGAUGAACCGAUGGUUCGCUCUGCCGCUGAGCUCCGUGGUGCCAUCACAAUUCCAGAUUGCCAACACGAGUGCUCGAGGCUUGCUGUGCGUGACGGGCCACGUGAGGGGCAACUUCGUGGUGGGGAUGUGCAAUCCUCUGACACAGGCCUUCCGCCAGCUUCCUCCUCUGCUCCAUAACCGCUACCAUGCCGAUGUGAGCGCCAUGGACGCUCCCGACUCCGCAGCGGGCUACAAAAUUCUGGCCACGGGUUACAGGGUGCUGGAGAUGGACGUGACGUCUGAAAUUUACGACUCGCAGAGCGACAGCUGGAGGGUGCUGGACAAGCACCCGAAGAAACGAAAGCUUGCUCGCUACGUGCACGAUUAUCCCGUGCACCAGAGCUGCUCGCUGGAUGGCAAGUUUUACUUCUUCACCAAUGAUUCCGAUGGAGGGCACGGGUCGGGGCAGAUUGUAGGAUUCGACACUUACGACGAUGUCUGGUUCUCCGUCGAGUCUCCACAGUGGAUCGUGUUGCGCAGAAGUCUUUAUUGGAACCCAUGUUUGCUGGCCAGAAAUGGUUGCUUGAUUCUGGCGGGCGGUGCCAAGUGCUCCAAGACCUGCUCCAGCCAGCCGGGCUGCUCCAGCAUCCAGAUAUGGAAACUGGAUCUGGUGGCUCCGGGGGGAGAGUGGAUGGAGAUAGCCAGGAUGCCGGCCCCCAUGUUCAGAAGAUUUCACACUCAAUUCGAGACUUUCCGAUGCUUCGGUCACGGUGAGUUCGUCCUCUUCAUGAGCUCGUCCCGUCCGCAGAUGAUAGUUUAUGAAAUAUCCUCCGGGGCCUGGUCUUGGCUACACAACGGCUUGCUGCAGCCAAAUUUUGAAUACCUUCGUCUCGGGCUUCUGUCCUGGUCCUUCAAAGGAUUUAGCUUCAACCCGGGCCUUCAUGCUUCUCCUUGA